UUGACAUCCCCACUAAUGGAAAAUACCAAAGCGGAAGAAACCGCGGUGGAAUGAUGAGAACCGCAUAAUGAUUGUGUGCAUUUGACCAGAUAAAGUACAUGUGUCUAUAUUAUCAGUACAUGUACAGCAACUGGUCUAUGUUAAUGGUACAAACCCACUAGAAGAAGGCAACCAAGUGAUGCACAAACAAUGAGUUUAAAUAAUUUCAUAUUCUUGUUAAUGGCAGUUCAUUGUCUCGAAUAUGUAGAAAGUGCCGUUUCAGCAACUGAGGUCCCUGGAGUGCAUGAAACCGGAGUAAUGGUCAAAGAAGAACCCAGGAAGAAGCAACAGGACGGCCUCAUGUCGCGGAUUCUACCCAUGCUAGCCACCCCAUUCAUAAUGCAAGUCACCAUACUGCCCCUAGUACUGAUGGGGAUGAAAUUCAUGCUGCUCAGUAGCAUGUUCCUCGGCAAGCUUGGGAUACUGCUGUGGGGCAUCGUUUUAAUCCACAAUCGUAAUAAUUACGGGGGUGGUCUAUACAGCCACAAUAUCAAUGUCGACCACAACGACCAUAUGGGACAUUCCAACUAUGCAAAGGAUUAUCAAUACAGUGACCAUUACAACUAUCGAAGAAGGAGGAGGAGGAGAGACGUAGUUUUGUGAAGCAACGUAAUUAAAAAGAUGAUUUCUUUGUAGUCAAAAGGAACUGUUUAUGUGUAAAUUAUUAAGAUGGUUUUUAAAAUGUUAUUUUAAAAGUUAAUUGAAAUAAACUUAAAAAUGUUUCCAAAAAUCCUAUCAAAUAAAGUCAAACAAUGUUUUUCGAUACCGUAAAUGUGACAUGCAAAAAAUAUCGUAGACGGGAAAUAACUACAACUAGGUACCAAUAGUUAAAUUAAAAUUGUUAUAUCUAAAUAUUAUUAAUCAAAAACCACAUACCUGACAUAUUGUAAUAAUGUAAUCUCUCAAAAAAUUAUAUUUUGUUCUUGUUCUAACAUCACCUUUGACAAAGAUCAACCAUAAAUAUAGCCAUG